AGGGAAGGAAUGAGGUCAUGUGACAUACCGGAAGUAGCGUGACGCAGAGGUAGCGGCUUCGGACCGGGAAGUGAGCCGAUGUCCACCCCGACAAGUGUUCUCUUACCUGGACGAGUUGUGAUGUCUUGAACGCUCCUUGCUCAUCCCGUCGAUGGUGGGCAGGCUGCGUUACACUCUCGGGAAAAUCAGGUCGGCGGAUGCGACGACCCGUGUAACCGCCGUGCCUUUCCACAAUGCCGCUGGUGUUGGACGCGGUGUGGGCGCUGUGGAGCAUCACGGCAGGGAUCUAUGACUACUUCCACACCAGCGCCAUGGAGGAGAGGAUCCACACGCUGGAAAACGUGCUCUCCAUACACCAGUUUGUCAUCGUGGGCCUGUCAGCGAGUCUCAUCCUGCUCAUGACGUACAUUCUGUGGAGGAAGCACUGACGAGAUUGUAGAAGAUGGUGUGCCCACACUCGCCGCCACCAAAAGGCAAUGGAACGGACCAAAGUUGUUAUUUUGUGUGUUGUGUUUUGCUAAUCUUCACUUGUGUGACUAACUACUUGCCGUCCGAGGCUCUGAUGAGCUAUUCUCAAGCCGUACAAACUAAUACUGAGACAGAAAGUGCACUGAUUGUUUUUCUGGCUGCUUUAACCGCUAAUCAUCUAUCUGGCCACAUUCGAGGCAAGAUAGAAAAGUAAUGUCUGGUUAUUUUGAAAAGUUUGUUAUGGUUUAGAAAUGCAGCUUGACACACAUUUGACACACACAACAAGUGAGUGAAGAUGCAAAUUAUUGUCUAGUGUUUUCUUUUUUUUCUCUCUCUCUGUAGAGCGCAAUAGUUAUGUUCUGACAAACCACUAAUAUGGAUGGCCACUUUGAAAGGGAAUACGUUUGAAAAAUAAAAACGAAUUAAUUAUGAAUUAGGUUGUUUUCUUUUUGUAAUAUUUAAACCAAACUUGUAUGUAACCAGCAAUCACUGAUUUAAUUUGUUUAAAUGACAUUAUUCAAAAGGCAAACGCCUCCACCAAUCAAACGACAGCGUUACACACACAAGCGCGGUGAUUGGCUUGAGCACUCGGAAGGCGGGAUCUUUCAAUGCGUAUAAAAAGUGAGCGCGUCCUUGCCAACUUUGAUAAAGGUUGUGUCAUUUCACCCGGAUAAGGGCUAGGAAUUUACCGGCUGUCAAAAUAAAACCAAAAAGAGUUGGCUACAUAGCUGCAAAUUUUAGUCGUUUUCGUGAAAUUUUUGGAAGUAAAUAAACACACAAGAUAGCGUGGUGAUAGAAAUCAUACCCGUUUUGAAAAUACAAACAGCAUAACUUGUUUUGUUCUAUACUCGCGAUGCAUUAAGUUGGCAAAAAGCACUCAAUCGCGAUUUAAAGGAAUUUGUUGGAAAUUGUGGAAUUAUAUCGAAUUUAAAAUGCAUUAAACACGCUUGUUUGUGUUGUUUUAUUUAAUGGUCGUUUUCGUAUUUUGCUAUGACAAGGGCGGAGAGCCGCUCCGUGCUAGUCGGCUAGCCCGGCUAAGGAAAUUAGCUGCCGAGCGGCGGCGGCGUCUGGUUGCUGUCGUCACCCUCAUUUGGAGCCUCUCGGCCGGCUUUUCUAACUCCACCACGCCGAAGGGCCCUACCGGAGCCUCGCUUGGAUAUGUGAAUAAUAAUCAAAUAAAUCAAAAGCCCCUUUCCCAUCUUCGUUGAAUUGCCCGCGUCUCCUCUGCCGCUUUUUUUUAUGAGACGCCGCUCUUUCUUUUUUGACAAAGAAACCCGAGGCAAGUUUUGCUCUCUCCUGGCACGCAAAAGCCGAAAAAGCUUCCCUGGUUCCGGCGGAUGGCUCCACACAGGCACGGCCCCUCGGCUGGAGGCCACCCGAUGACUUCUGGCGGCGGGGCGAGGGCGAACGGGCUCUACCCGCCGUGCUCGUCUUCGUCCUCCGACGCCAAGAAGCCCAACAUGCAGCUCGUCCAAGCCGACCACGAGUUGUUCCUGCAGGCCUUCGAGAAACCAACCCAAAUCUACAGGUUCCUCCGCACCAGGAACUUGAUCGCUCCCAACUUCCUGCACAGGACUCUCACCUACAUGUCACACAGAAACUCCAGAAAGAAUGCCAAGAGGAAAAGCUCCAAGGUGGACAACCUGCUCUUCCGAGUGGAAAAGAUGCAAGGAGACCAGGAGACACGCGGCUUAGCGUCCAACCUGCAGCUCACCUUCACUGGCUUCUUCCACAAAUCAGGGCAACAGUCUCAGGAUUGCGAGAACGAGCAGACCUCUGUGUCUCUGGAAGUCCUUCUGGUCAAAGUCUGUCACAAGAAGAGGAAGGAUGUGAGCUGUCCGGUCAAGCAGGUCCCGGCUGGGAAGAAGCAGGUUCCUCUCAACCCGGACUUGAGUUCUGCCAGCGCGCCGGGACAUUCCGGAAACUUUCCGUCCCUGCUGGUCCCGAGCGGCGAGUUUGAAGCCAGCAACUCGCACAUGAUCAAGUCCUACUCGCUGCUUUUCAGAGUGUCGCAGCCCGGAUAUGAUCGCGGGCCGCCCCUCAACGGACUCGCAAACGGGGAGGCGCGGCGCCACUCAGAGUUAUCAGAGGAAGCAAUGGACAAGACGAGGCGGAGCUCCCCCCUCAGAAAUGACGGCGAGAGCAUGCUGGUGGCGCAGAUGAUGGUCUUUGAUAAAAACAGACGCCUGCAGCUGCUGGACGGCGACUACGAAGUUUCAAUGCAAGAAUUCACACAGCAGUGUCCUCUUAACAACAUGACAGCAACAUGGGAGACCAUACUAGACACAAAGCACAUGCCUCCACUGGAAGCGUUCUGUGACGGCCCGACUCUUCACUUCACUCUGCGUUGGACUAACGACAUCCGCGACGGUUCCACGGCUCCCGUGGCCAAACCUCUGGCCACGCGCAACUCGGAUGCCAACCAGGAGAGCAAAGCGGCACACGCGCUGAGGAACGCGCCGCACGCCACACACGCCGUGAAAGAAACGGUCAACUCGGACAAAGUCCACACCAGGACCAGAGAACAUGUCCCAGCAGAAGCUCGCCCCAAACUACGCAUCUUCUACCAGUUCCAGUACAACAACAACAGUCGGCAGCAGACGGAGGCCAGAGAUGACCUCCACUGUCCCUGGUGCACCCUCAACUGCAGGAAGCUCUAUAGUUUGCUCAAACACCUCAAACUGUCCCACUCGCGCUUUGUCUUCAACUACGUGCCUCACCCCAAGGGAGCCAAGAUCGAGGUGUCCAUCAACGAGAGCUACGACGGUUCCUACGCGGGGAACCCACAGGACGUCCACGGCCAGCCGGGUUUCGCCUUCAGCCGAAACGGACCCGUCAAAAGGGCGGCCGUCACCCACGUCCUGGUCUGCAGGCCCAAACGCAGCAAGCCGAGUCUGUCAGAGUUCUUGGAGUGCGAGGAUGGCGAGCGCCGGCGUCUGGGCUCCCACGUGAGCGGCCACAACAGACUCUACUUCAGGAGCGAUAGCUGCGUGCCCAGAGCGCCACAGGAGAUGGACGUGGACAGCGAGGAUGAGCGGGACCCCGACUGGCUCAAGGAGAAGACGGUCAAGCAAAUCGAAGACUUCACGGACGUGAACGAGGGCGAGAAGGAGAUCAUGAAGCUGUGGAACCUCCACGUCAUGAAACACGGCUUCAUCGCCGACCACCAGAUGAACGAGGCGUGCCUGCUCUUCACCGAACUGCACUGCGCUCACCUCGUCCAGCAAAACCUGCGUCGCAACUUCCUGCUGCACCUGGUCAGCAUGCACGACUUCAACCUGGUCACCACCAGAACCAUCGACCAGGCCAUGGGCCGACUCCAGACCACCGCCAGUGGGGGCAAACAUAAGGAGCAAGACGAGGCAGAGGAGGAAGAUGAAUGGGAGACAGCCCUGGAGUCUCAGAUGGAGACAGACCAGGAGCCAUCAGAGUCUGAAGACGCGAACAGGUGGCAGGAUAGUCAGGCCGCAGUUUGAAACUGACCAAUGACGGAACCCCAAUAGAACUUUGUGUUUGGAGCCGCCUUGGUGAGUUUGGCCAUCAAGACUUUGGAAUUCUGGAUGACAGACACACCAGAACGGCGUGUCUAGGAUCCUAGGAUUUGAGGACCGUCUCGACAUAGUAGAAAUCCAAAGCAGAAUUUUUUAAUUAUGGAUCAGAGAGACACCAAAACAGCCUUGUUUUCCAGUUUAUCUGAAAUAUUGAGGACUUUGUCCAUGUUAGCAGAAACCCCAAAAUGAACUUUCGGGUUUUAAAUCUUUAAUCAAUUUUUGGGGACUUUCAGUUGGUGACUAAAAAAUUGGGAAUCACACAGAAUAUCAUGUUUUUCCCUUCUUGCUACCCCAAAACAUGGAACCUUUCCAUGUUCCUGAUGUUUGGUGUAAAUGUAAACGGACCAACAAGUGUGGGGUGACCAGAAACCUCAAACUAGAUUUUUUUUGUUUCAAGAGGUAAAUCAACUUUUAGCACUCAAAGAUCGAGUCUGAAUCUAGAAGAGAUUAGACCAUCAUUAUUUCAUGUUUGAUUGACAAGUAAUGAUCAAGAAUUUGCUUUGUUACCUCUGAGCCGAUGUUGCCUUUUGCCAAACAUAAACAAUCUUUAGUGGUUUGAAUGAUCAGCAGAAAAAUGAAAGUCCAAAAUCAAAAGUGAAGCCAGCACAGAGCAGACGUGCCUUAAUGUUGCAUUCUUCCAGAACCCAGCAGGGGGAAAUACCCCAUACGUACUAUUAAAUAGAACAAGGGUUACAAUUUGCUUUUUUUUUUUUUUCCCACGGAGCAAAAAAAAAAAAAAAAAAAUACGUGGUUGUCCACGUUUCAAUUAAACAACCAAAACCGGACUCCUUUGACACCAUGCAUGUGUUAGCUUAGCAUGGGAAGCAACCAAGCGGUAACAAAACAAAAUGUGGCAGUGGCCUGCAAUCAAUUUUUGGUUUUCUAUUAAAAAGAGAGCACAUUUUUA